CAGAGGUAAAAGACAUUAAGGGAGAUCAGGGCUGGAUUUCUGGGUUUCCUCAGAGCUUUAAAUCCCAGCAGUCUACUCUGGCUUUUCCACUGGCAGGUAUGGAGCCUGCUAGUACACCUGCUGAGGAUGAUGGGCCGGCAGGGGUUUCUCACUCUUCCAUUUCCAAUGGAGAUGGUGCCAAAGCUCCAGAACCAAAUGACAGCCAGCUAGACACAGAGGUGGAUGAUGAGAGGGACAAAGAGGGAGAGAAAGAUGCUGUCCACAAAAACCUCAACCAAGACCUCUCUACUAAUUCACUGACUAGUCACAUGACCAUAAUGCACUCACGCAAUUCCUGCAAGACGCUGAAAUGCCCCAAGUGUAACUGGCACUACAAGUCGCAGCAUACACUGCAAGUCCAUAUGAAGGAGAAACACCCAGAAACAGGAGGCCAGUGUGUGUGCAGCACUCCAGGGGGAAAGUGUGUGUGCGGAGGAGCAACACGAGACGUAUGUGGAUAUUGUAGUUCGGGGAAACCCCAUCCUCGCCUGGCCCGUGGUGAAACCUACGCCUGUGGCUACAAACCCUACCGCUGUGAGGUGUGUGACUAUGCUACCUCAUCAAAAGGCAACCUCAGCAUUCACAUGCAGUCAGAUAAACACCUGAAUAACGUUCAAAACGGGGGACACUCAAACAGUCACCUGCCCACUUCUCAAAUUGCCAACAACAGCAGCUCCUCUAAUGGUCACACAGUAGAAGAGCCUGCUUACAAGCUCCCACUCUCUAUUCCUACGCCUACAGUCCAGCCUGCUAAGCUCACACCACCUGCACACUCUCACUCUCAUGGUAAGCGGUGGCGGUGUGAUGUGUGCGACUAUGAGACCAGCAUUGCCCGCAACCUGCGCAUACACACCACCAGCGAGAAACACACACACAACAUGCUGCGGCUACAGAGAGGUUACUAUCUGUCUCACUGUAGAAGCCUUGCCCCACAACUUAAACACCUACAGAACACAGGAGCUGAACUCUCCUUGAAUAUGCGACUGACCAGUCAGCAGGUUGCAGAACAGCCAGUCACCCUUGGGUCUACACUGACUCCCUCCCCCUCCCCAUCUCCCUCUCCACCACCAGCCCCAUCUCUCUCCCCCACUGGACCACUCUCCCAGGGCGUGUUUCAAUGCCUUGUCUGCUCCUGCUUUUCAUCUGACAGCUUAGAGUCCGUUGAGCAGCACCUGAACACCACACGCUCUCUACCACAGUCUGAGUGGUGCUCCCUGGUUGCAGGUGGCUGUCACUGCAGGCUGUGCGGCUACACCACCCCGCUGAGGGCUAACUUCUCCUUACACUGCCAGACUGACAGACACCGCACCCGCUACCAGCUUGCUGCUCACCUUCAGGAGGGUGGAGACAGGGGUCAGGAGGGGGCUGCUCUUAUUGCUAAGGGCAACCCUGUGCAGCUGAGGUGCAACCUAUGUGACUAUGUGACAAGCAGUUUGGAGAAGCUACGAGGACAUUCCCUCAGCUCACACCACAAGGCCAGCGUCCGGGUUUACAGAUUCCUGCAGCAGUAUGAUGGGGAGGUUGAUGGUGGUUCGUGGCUGUUCCAUUGUCUCCUAUGCAACCACUCAUCCUCUUCUAAACUCCAAGUCCUGAAACAUAGUCAAACCCCAACCCAUCAACAAAGGGAAGGGCUACUACAGCUGCAGCCUAUGGGUGGUGAGGAGCUGGCAGCCAUUUUCACCAUUAGGAAAAACCCUGAUGGUGACCAAGGAGAGCUCAGUGAGGAUAUGGAAACUUCCAGAGAGAUCACUACUGGUCAUUUGGACACAACCAAAGACAAAAGUAUCUUGAUUUCCAAGAAAACAGCAGAAAAUAAAGAGGAGGAAAACGAACUGAAGGAGUCUUUGCCCUCAGUCAAGCGUUCAUCCUCCGGAUAUGAGGAACUGGAAAUCGCCAUGUCAACCAAACGCCCCAGACUACACCAGCAAAAUGAGAACCAGCAGACUGUCCAGUGCCCUUUGUGCCAGGUUAAACUUCCAUACAAACACCUAGAACAGCAUCUAACACAUGUGCACAGUGUUGCCCAGGACUGUGUAGACAAGCUCAUCAGCACAGUCACACCAUUAAUUGAGCAACUGCCACCUCUGGUGCAGACAGAACCACUACCAGCUUUGUGUGUGGAUGAAAGUCAGACAAACAAAAUCCCCAAGAGUAACAGUGAAAAUUGUUCCAAUUCUGCUACCAUUGCCCCUGUUGAUUCACAGAAAGACAAAGGUAUUUCAGCUGAAAACUCUGAAGGAGAAGUAGCUGCACCCAAAGAUGUCACGGCCCUACUCACCCCACCCCUUGAAGACAACACUACUCACCAUUCUAAUGGCAGACUGGCUCCUCAGUCCCCAACUCAGAUUCCCCCCUCUUCUCCACCCGGCUCCCCAGCCAGCGACCCUCCUCCCCUUUCUGAUCGCCAUGGUUACCGUUUUCGUUGCAGCAGGUGCAGCCUGGCGUUCCCCACUCAGGAGAAGCUCCAGCUGCACUGGCAGUACCAUGCCAUGAGGGCGGCGACAGAAUGCCCCGUCUGUUCGAGACAAUGCCGCAGUCAGGAGGCUCUGCAGAGACAUAUGCAGAACACACACUCCCAACUUGACAACACACAGGGGCAGAAUACACUCCUACCCCCUCCUCCUACUCAAUACAUGGAGCUUAAUAAGAGUUCCUGUCAACAAGAUUUAAGUUUAUCACCUCAAGUGGGUCAGGAAGCAGGAGAGGCUGAAGAUGAGGACAUGGAGGAGGAGGAGAUAGAUGGAAAGGAAGAAACAAAAGAAGUAGUUAAAUUUAAGGAGAGGAAGGUGGCUGGUGAAACUGAAGGGAGUGAGGAAGAAUUAACUGAGCUAGAAAAAGGGCAACAUGAGGAGAUCAUAUCAGAACCGAGCUCCAGCUCUCCUGUCAAAAAGAGCUCCAACCCCACAAUGGACCGCUACCUUGAUCCAACAAGACCCUAUAAAUGCACAAUAUGCUCUGAGUCUUUUACCCAGAAAACCAUCCUUCUGGUCCACUUUAAUUCUGUGUCCCAUCUUCAUCGGGCUAGACGAGCCCUUCAGGACUCUGGCACAGGUGCUGCUGCUUCUGAGGCACCCCGUGGCCCAGAUCCCAGACCAUACCGAUGUCGAUUGUGUGGUGUGGGCUACAGCCAGAGCUCUACGCUGGACAUACAUCUUCGCUCUGUCCUACAUCAGACCAGAGCUCGUGCCGCCCAGAAUUCAGCACCACAGAUCCCAGCAUCCAGCAUAGCUGCUCCUGUGACAGCCUCUACAACUGCUACUCAGAAUGCUACCACCAGAGAAGAAAAAACAUCCAGCAAUUUGCCCCUAAUGAAGAGACCAGAUGUAGUUGGCUGUUCAAGCUCAUCGUCAGUUGUCUCUGGAUUACCAACUGAAAACCAGGCAACCACUCUCAACACAGGUGACAACCCGCAGGCUAAAAAGAGAGUGGCAGAGCUUUUAGCAUCUAGAAACCAGCUAAUGCUACUUCAACAGCAACAAUUAGCUCAUGCUCAGGCACAGGCCCAAGCUCAGUUACAACAGCACACAGCCCUGCUCCAGUCCCAGUUAAUACAGCACCUUCCUUUAGGCCCAGAGAAUCUUCUCAAACAUUUCCCCUUGGCACCAGAAAACUUGCUCACUCUGCAGCAACAACUUCUUCUUCCCUUUUACUUGUCCGGAGACAUGAAGCUUACCCCAGAGUUAGCUGUGAAGAACCAAGAACUUGGUCAGCCGAUAACUGACGAUUCCAUCCAAAAUGUUCAAGCAGAGGCAGAACCUAAGAGGGACUCUCAGCCCAAAAUAACUGAGAAACAAAUACAGAGACAAAAUUCAAACCCUGCUUUUAGUCAACCUAAGGAUCAUGUGCAUUGUGAAGUCAUUGCUGGAGCAGGUUGCAGUGGAUCCUCUUUAAACCAGACAGAAAGACAACUCAACAGUUCAGGCCUUGAAGAAGAAAAAGAAGAAAUGCCUGUCGUAACUAUUAAAAUUGAGAGUGAGAAGAAGGAGACAGAUCCUUCAUGUAAUGUUCUUAGCCUGCAGUGUCCUCCUCCUAGAAUCCCAUAUGCUGCUGUAAAUGGGGAGCCUCUUAGAGCACUGCUGCAGAGUUAUGGCUUUGAGUUGGCACUGCAAUAUAUACAAAGUAGACACAGACACCAGCAACAGAUAUCAGCUCAUAUGAUACCCACUACUCAAGCAUGCUCUGAUAAGGAGAAGGAAGUGUUGCCAGACGAGGAAAGAGACAAGGUUAUUGGAUUACAGGAUGGAAGGAUGGAGGGCUGCAACAAUAAUAAUGAUGGAGCACAAGUCAACAGAGGGAUUGAAGACUUGCCACAAGAGAAAGGGCAGAAAAAAGAUGAGGAAUUGCCGAAAAAAGAGAAAGAAUGCUGUGAUCAUGGAGAGAAAUGUAGACAUUGUGGCAAGUUCUUUUCAGAUGCAUUGAUUUUAAAAAGUCACCAAGAGUACAUUCACAGGUCUCUUUUUCCCACGGAUGCAUUGGAGAGGUUUUCCAGAGAAUACAGGCAGCAGUAUGACCAGAUGUACCCCCUACAGCCAAAAUCUGCAGAAGAUUUAAGUACCUGCCCCCAGGCUGCAACUCCAGCUUCAUCUUCGGACUCAGAACCAGCAGGAGAACCGGUGAAGCCCCAAGUUAAGACACGUGCUCCCUCACCUGUACCCUUAGUUUCAGAGCCCAUAACUAAAUCAUGCACACCAGCCACAGACCCAUCACCAACUGCCCCUCUGCCUUCUUCUCCAAUACCUUCUCAUACCCAGGAUUUCCAUCAAGAGGCACUCAACCCAAGCACAUCUGCAACAGCAACUGCUCAUACCACAUCCCAGGCUACGGCCAUACCUCUUCCAUUACCAAUGCUUCCCCUUUCAUUGCCUCAGCUCCCUAUGCCUUCACUAACGUUGCCUAAACUCCCCCUACCACCCAUUCCUUUUCCAAUGGAGCUACCCCUUCUCCCUCCAGUUGUAAUGCAGUCAGUAGCUCUGCAGUCUAAGCCUUGGUUAGACUCAAAUGUUAAUCCAGAGUUGGCAAAACUCUACCAAUCUCAACUGAACCAAGCAGCACUGCUAGGUCAACAGCCACAGCUUAAUCCAACUUUGGUACCUCAGCAAUCUCAGCUCAGCCCAGCUUUGCAAAUUCAGCCCCCACAGCUAAACCCUGUGCUACUGGGUCAAAAAACCCAACCAAACCCUAUACAAACAGGACAGCAACCCCAAGUCAGUCCAACAAUACUUGAACAGGGUAAAAGGACCCGAACACGAAUCACUGAGGAGCAGCUGAUUGUUUUAAGGAAACACUUUGACAUUAACAGCCUUCCCAGUGAUGAAGAGAUCAACAAGAUGUCUUCUUUGUGUGGUCUGCCUCAUAAAGUCAUCAAACACUGGUUCCGCAACACCCUUUUUAAAGAGCGCCAACGAGACAAGGAUUCUCCUUAUAAUUUUAAUAAUCCCCCUGUCACUGCCCUGGAGGAGUCUAGCAAAGAAAUGGCUCAAACCCAGCCCUUUUCACUUUCCCCAUGUUCUCUGUCCCCAAGCCUUCCAGCUAACAACUCCCCACAGCCCCAGACAGCGGACAUCCAGAGAGAAGAGCUCCAUAAGGGAAGGCGCUCUUCUCGCACCCGCUUCACAGAGCAACAGCUAGAGACCCUGCAGGGGGUGUUUGAGGCCACACCUUACCCUAGAGAGGAAGAAUAUGACAGGUUAUCUGCUCUGCUUUCUCUUCCUAACAGAGUCAUCGUUGUGUGGUUCCAAAAUGCUAGACAGAGAGCUCGCAAAAAUCAAGAUCGGGUGACUGAUGAUGGACUAGAAGGGAAGAAUCAUUGUGACAGCACUUACAGACAUAAAAAUGGCUGCAACAAUAAUGAGGAUGAUGACAACGAUGGUAACAGCUGUGGGGAGGGGCAACAAAGUGAAUCGCACAAUGAAAACUCCAUGGAUCUCACAUAUGAGUACUACACCCACCCUGAUUCACCUUUCGUUGAUUCUUCCUCCCCCUGCCCAGAGAGUGAGCAUCCAACAGACAAGGGUGAACCAACACCUGUUACUAGAAAACAAGAAGAUAAAACAGUCCCCUCUCUGGAGAACAAGAAUACAACUCUUGGCCAAACUCAAAGCAAAAAUUCAGAUGUAGAUAUUCAGAAAAAGGACAUUGCUCUGGCUUUAAAAACGGGGUCCUCUCCAAAAUCUGAACCCAACCUGCAGCCUGAAAAUACUGCAGAACGACCUGCUGCUUGCUCUUCCUCCUCACAAAAAAUGGAACCCACCAGCCUUGCAGCUCAUUCCAGCCAGGCGCCAUUACACAGCCCCCUUUCUGAUCAAACUUCUGAUCCAGCACCAAGCCUCCCUGCUCCUCAGGAGCCUGAAAAGAGCCACCUACAGAUGUCAGAUUCCAGCUCCAGCCUAUCCAGUGACGUUCAACCAAAAAAACAGCUUCAACCCCAAACACAAGCUCAAUUCCAGUGCAGUCUUUGCCCAAUGUCAUUGCCAUCAUUCCAGUUGUGGCAGGAGCAUCAGACAAGGCACUUGCUGGCUGCUCAGUCCCAGGUCCAAUUUCUCCACUCUGGAUUUGCAGAUAGAUCUAUGCCUUAUAUGAUGCUCCACCCAAACCAUACCCUGAUGGCCAGCCAAAUGCUUUCAGGAGCUAUACCCCAAAUGCACCCUAACCCAACACAUCCUAUGAUGUCACACUUGAACAGCAUACAAAUUAAGAACACAUUCUCUGAUCACUCAAGUACCGCCCUGACCAGCCUCUCUCAAAGUUCCCUGACAAACAUAAAACAGAACUCAAAAAUUUUGUCAGAGAGCAGUUUUGAAAGCCAGAGGAGUGGUAGAGAAGUUGAGGAGGAACAUCGAAGGGAUAAGCGCCAGAGAACCACCAUCACCCCAGAGCAGCUGGAAGUGUUGUAUCAGCGUUACAGCAUGGACUCCAACCCCACCAGAGGUGUCCUGGAAAGUAUUGCACGUGAUGUAGGCCUCACACGGCGCGUGGUUCAGGUGUGGUUUCAGAAUACACGUGCCAGAGAGAGAAAAGGACAAUUUCGUUCCGUGGGGCCAGGAUCCAAUUUCAGCUUGGGUUUCAACCACUUGCGCUGCCCAUUUUGCAGGGCCCUGUUUAAGGUGAAGAGUGCUCUGGAUGCGCAUAUGAGGUCACGGCACUGGGCUGAGGCUGAAAGAGCAGGUUAUAACUUAUCAAUGAAUAAUGGAUCCAGUGGGCAGAUCGGGAUGGCUAUGUCAUCUAUCGUGGAUAGGCCUGGCCCAUCUGUCUCCAAUCCAAAGCAUGGCUUUGCCAUCAGCAACAAGGAAUUAAUUGUUAGGCCACCCAUGAACUCCAUGUCCUCAAACACUGAUUUAAACAACCCGGAGGAGGAGGAUGACUAUGAGGAAGAUGAAGAAGAGUACCAAUGUGAGGAGGGUUCCAGUUUGGCAGACCAAGGUUCUCUAAGUCCUGAGGGAUCUGGGGGUCCAGGUGCAGAGUGGGAUGACACACAAACUCUGCAGCAGCAGAACCAGCAACAGCAACGCCAAAGGACACAGAUGAGCCACUACCAGAUUCUCCAGCUCAGAGACUUCUACAGAAGCCACCGUAACCCCAACCGACAUGAGUGUGAAGCACUUGGCCAGGAGUUGGGACUACCUCACCGUGUGGUGCAGGUGUGGUUCCAGAAUGCCAGAGCCAAGGAGAAGAGAGCCAGGAGCCUGAGUUCUGAUGCUGCAGAGAGAGAGCAGGCCGAGCUGUCCGCAGGGGCAGGGGAGAGAGACAGAGCUUAGUGAGGCAGACUACAGUCCCUUUGUUUCCUUCUUUCACACCCUUCUUGAAACCCCUCCUGCUCCUGUCAUCAACCUCUACAAGUUCCCUGCCCACCUUGCUGCCAAACCUGUUACCUGAACACCCCAAAGAUGCAGACCCCCCUUGGCCCAAAGAGAAACUCUCAACUCCCAAGUGGGAGAGAGCCCAAACCAAGUCCUCUCUACAACAGCUUUUCUCUUUUCAUAUUCUUCCAAAACUCUUUCGUGGUCUGUACUUCCUUGCCCCUCUAACCUGUCACACACCUUACUACAACCAAACACCACCUUGUUAAACCAACCAGAUGCCACAGAGGCCAAAGAGCAUUCUCCAAGUAUGUGACCUCACUGCCCUGCUAGACCUGCAGUCUACCUCUCAGUCUGCAUGACAGACUCACAGUGGGCCCUCCAACAGACAGUGCUAGAUGACUAGCUGUGUAGCAUGUAGUACCAGUCUGUCAGAGGCUGGAAAAGAAAUUGUCAAAGAGAUUUAGUGUAAAUAGAGAGCUCCAAAAGAUAAACUUGAAGAAAAACAAAGCUGUUAACGGUGAAACAAGAAAAAAAGACUGAAAAAUAUCCUUGAAAUAGAUGGAGGUAUUCGCAUAGAGCUUUUGUAAAGACUGACUCAGAUUCCAAAGCUCGUAACCAAAAUUUUACAUGUCUGAGGAUUUAGUUUUAACAUGUUUGUUUUCAAUAACAAACUGCAGAGCUGACGUCUGUAUGGUGAAUGGGGGACAAGUGCUGCUGGCAUAUGUAAGCCUAGUACCAAGAGACUGACAUGGUGCUGGAAUGCAGCUUCACCCUCCACAAACCAAUGAUGAGUCUUCUGUUGUACAUGUACACCUUCUAUGUUUCUUUAGUGGAUAACAGCCCAAAUAGCACAGAACGAAAAAGGCCAGUUUGUCAUGAAAUUGGCAAACUAUUUUUUAUAGCACUCAACCAUUAUACUGUUUAUGAAAACUUUAACCAAACUCAAAUUUACAUUGUGUGUGUUUAGUAAUAGUUUCUUGAUAUAAAUCUUACGGAUUGAGAUGAACUGUCUUGCUUCGAUAUAAUAGUGUCAUGAUAAUGAAAAGAUUAUGACAGCUUUGAUAUGUUCAGGCAAGUUAACUUACUGCCUUUCUGUUCUAUUUGAAUAUACCAAUGGCUGACCAAUGUUAUGUGAUUAAUGUAAAGCUUUCUAUGCUCAGGUCAACAGCUCAACAUGGCUCCACUUCUAAUGUGAUCUUAAUACCAAACUUUUCUGUUUUUAAAACAGAGGAGUUGAGGUUUAACUUUGGUCUAAGUAUUACAAAAUAUCUACAAAAACAUCUCUGUAUUUCAAAGAUCUGAGCUUUUCACCUCUGAGUAAUAGAUUGUUACAAAAACCUUAUUGAAACUAAAGUGUUUAAUAGUGUGAGGGGUAAAUGUACAGUAUUUAGCUUUUGUAUGGUUGACUCAAGACUUCAUUGGAUGAUUGAGACAUAGCUCACUUUUCCACUUAAAGAUAGGGAGCUACUGCGCAAAGCGGAGAAAAACUUUGGAUGUUAUUGAUGUUAUUUUUGUACACUUAAUUUAUUUUUCCUCCUUCUUCUUGCCUACCUGCUUCCUUCAUUUUGUCUCUACCUUUCUUCAUGUGUUAAUUUACAACCAGUCCUUAUUCUUACUGUAAUAAUGAUAAUAUAACAAUAAUAGCUAAACAAUAAUUAAUGCUUUAAGACAAAAAUCCAAAGACGUGAUAAUACUUUAACCAUAUGACCUACAAAAAUAAGCGCUACUGUUUACUUGAUGAUGUAUUGCUGUUUUUAAAGAAGGAAGGAGUCCCUAUAUCUAAGCUACUGUUUUCUGCCUCUCAUAAGCACACUGGAGACUGUAACCAAAACCCCAAACUAGAGCCAUGGCAGUCUGUAAUAUAGCGGUUAAAGAGUUUUACUUCUCUUAAGAAAUGUUGCAGUUUAUUUUUUCCUUUUUUUUAACCAUAGUGUUAAACUUCAGCCCUUAAGGAUGUCCAGUUUGCUGCUAAUGUACUGUAGUUUCUAACGAUACUGUAGAAAGAUGCAUGCUCUGAUCGCUUUAUCACUAGGCUUUAAUGACUACAAACUGUAAUGAUACCUGUGAUGCUGUUGAUAAACUGCUCCUCUGUUAUUUUGUUGAAAACAAGUGGAUAUGUGGGGCUCAAUUCCAUCAGGUUUGUUUUUCAGUAUCCCAAUAAUUACCCCCAUUUAGAGGACAAAAAAUCAAACCAAACCCUCAACUCUAUGUUGUUAGUCUCUCUGUGUUGCAAUGUCUCCUGUCAAUAUGUCCAGCUGUAACAGCUUUGCUGAACUCUGACAUCACAACUUACUUUCCAAAGGAUGUGGACUGACUAACUCCUUUAAGUUUUGUUCUUAAACUAACCAAUGUUUACGACAAUACCAAUGAGCUUUCUUCUGUACAGGAAUGUGCAUUCCAAAUACCACUAGGCAGUUUUUGUAUACUGAUUAUUUCAAAUUUAUUUUCUCUCGUAUUCUCUUGCUCUUAGUGACUGUAAUAUGUACAUACUGAGGUCCUCUAUGGUGAAGGGACUCUGUUAUCUUUAAUGUAGGUAAAACUAUUCUUUUCCUUUUUCUGGAUAUAUUGUUGCCAUAGUGAUGACCAAAAAGAUACCUGUGAUGUGCACCUGUCCUUAUGUCCUGCUCCAGUGGUUUAGUGUGUCUCUAUACUCUUCCCUUUCCCCAGUUCUCCCCUCUGUGUGUGUUUCUCU